UGGAUAAGUGUUAGCAAAACAAACCACGCUAUCUACUGGAUAGUGAUUUAUCCGGUGGAUUGCGUUAUCCUUCUUUCCAACUAAUCCCGGCCAGGUCAAUUGUGUUAAAUACUUCUUCUCCAUUUAAAAAGUUGUUCACUAUUGCUCAAACAUUAGUCAGAAACUAACCCAAAUUGUUGCAACAUUGAAGUGGUUUGUACCUCAGACUUCACGGUAUUUGUUCAUCCGCCUGAAAUAUGCCAUUGCAUACUCAGUCAGUUGUGUAUUACUCCAUCAGUAGUGUUGUUGCUUGUCUGCCUGGAGGUCUGUUAAGAGAAACCCUGUGUACGUCUUGAGUACACUCUGUGGCGUAUUUGCACGUUGCCAAAAAAUGUUUUCGCGCUAGGAAGUCGGCCCGUUCCUUUGACUACAGGUGAAAUCGGUAGUUCCAGAAUUUUUAAGAGCCAAUCGGUUUGUAGGAUUCGCCAUGUUUCACCUGCUCACGCUCUAAGAAAAAAAAAAAAUAGCGUUAAAGCGACAAAUUAAAAUUGCACACUACUUUAAAAUGAGCUUGAAUUAAUUCGGUUUCAGUUGUGCAUGCAAGUGUAAUCCCAUAAAUUUCGCACGUGUUGUAAUCUAUUCCAUUUUUUCCAGGUUAUUGAUGAUAACUACCAAGAACUGUCUCCAGGUAAAAUAGGAAAGAUUGCAGUCCGUGUGAAACCUUAUCGUCCUGCGGGAUUGUUUAGUCGUUAUGUGGAUGAUCCCGACAAAACAGCAGCUCGUUUUUCAGGAGACUUGUACAUCACAGGUUGGCGAGUUAAUUUCUGUUCAUCUUUAGGGCUGAAGUUCGUCUGUAAAAUACGCAAUAUUUGGUCAAUAUUCAGUUAAUUUGAACAUUGUAUGAUCUCACCAUGAUUUGAAUUCAAAUUCUGGUCAUAACCUUCUAUCCGACGAAGGUGUGUAUUAUCUGAGAAUUGCUCGAAACAACUUGCAAUUCUAGUUCAACAGUCAACAGUCUUUUCAUAUCGUCAGUUUUCCAUACUGGUUAUGGGCAGUAUGCAAGUGAGCAUCAUUUUACGAAGUAAUCCAUUCUAGCGCAUAAGUAUAAACGUCGUACGCAGAAUCAGUAAGAUUUUGAUGAUCAGCUCUUUUUGAUAGGAGAUUUUCAAGUUUUUCUAACAAAAAAUGCUACUUAACCAACAGCACCUUACUGCUAUAUUACCCAAUGCGUAUUCGCCAAUGAAAGCCAGCCUUUUUAAGUGUUCCUAUGUGUUGCAUAAAUGGUCAGGUGAUCUUGGCUAUAAAGACGAAGACGGUUACUUCUGGAUUGUAGGACGAACCGAUGACAUCAUAUUUGUUAACGGCGUCAACAUAAAUCCUUGUGAUGUUGAAGAAUGUCUGAUUUCACACCAAGCGGUUUUGGCGUGUGCUGUGGUCAGCAGUCCUGACCCACUUGGACAGGCGUCAGUGAAAGCAUUUGUCGUGUUGUCCAGUGAUUUUAAGAACAAAGAACCAAAUGAGAUGAUAAAGGAACUACAAGAUUACGUGACAAAGAAGACAGGAGCCUGGAUGAGCCCAAGGAAGAUAGAAUUUGUGGAUGCCUUUCCCACUACGCUAACAGGCAAGAUCAACCGAAACCAGCUUAAACAAAAGGAGUGGAACCAGUUUUAAUAUAUAGAUUUAGCCAGGCUACAUACAAUCUCGUUCCCAGAGUCAUCGUUCCCCUUGACCAGC